AUGAUGUUAUGACACGGGCUGGCGUUUUUUAGAUAUUGGGUUUUGGUUUUGGUUUUGGGGGUUGGUGUUGGGGUAGGCGUUGGUUUCGUUGGGUUUAUUUUGUGGGCAGGCCUUUCAAUGGAUCGUGUACAUACUUUAUGGGUGGAAUAUAGUAUUGGUUUUGAGGUAUGCGCUCGAGAAUGGCGGUGUUUUGGGUAUCUGAAGACCUUAUGUGACUGGAAGGGACUGGUGGGUAUGUUUCUGGAGAUGUUAAAGUCUGCGUGGAUUGUGGAGUUAUUGAUGUUAACUACUGUAAGUAUGAACGAGAUAACAUUGUUAUUGACCUUAGCAAUGUCUGUUCGGUUGAUGUAGAGUGCGUCCGGUCUAUACCUGUCCAAAACCAUAUCCACAUAAAAAUACAAAACCAAUGCAAUGUAACGCCUUUAGUGGGACUGG